CCCCGCCCGCCCGUCCUGCCGGCCCGGCGCGCCGCGGCCCCGCCGCCGGAAAGAUGCUGCCCCUCUCCAUCAAAGACGAUGAGUACAAGCCGCCCAGGCUCAACCUGCUCAGGAAGGUGUCGGGCUGGUUCAGGUCUAUCCUGGCGGACAAGACUUCCCGCAACCUCUUCUCCUUCCUCUGUCUCAACCUCUCCUUCGCCUUCGUGGAGCUCCUCUACGGCAUCUGGAGUAACAGUUUAGGUCUAAUAUCGGAUUCUUUUCAUAUGUUUUUUGACUGUACUGCUCUAUUGGCUGGAUUAGCAGCUUCAGUUAUUUCAAAAUGGAGGUCAAACGAUGCUUUCUCAUAUGGUUAUGUUAGAGCAGAAGUACUUGCUGGUUUCGUAAAUGGUUUAUUCCUCAUCUUUACAGCAUUCUUCAUUUUUUCUGAAGGUGUUGAGAGAGCCCUUGAGCCUCCCGAUGUGCAUCAUGAGAGACUUCUUCCUGUUUCUAUACUAGGAUUCAUCGUCAAUCUUAUAGGAAUAUUUGUUUUCCAGCAUGGAGGUCAUGGGCAUUCCCACGGCUCUGGGCAUGAGCACAGCCAUUCUCUGUUUAACGGUGGUCUCAGCCACGGGCACAGUCACGGAGAUCACGGGCACAGCCACGAACACAAACAUUCCCAUGGACACACCCAUGCUCACGGCCAUGGACACUCUCACGGUCAGGAUUAUUGUCAUGAUGACCAUUCCCUUGAAGUAAUGGGUGGAUCCAGCAAACAGAUUUUACAAGGUGUAUUUCUGCACAUUGUGGCAGACACGCUGGGAAGCAUUGGUGUGAUCAUAUCUGCUAUACUGAUGCAGAACUAUGGUCUAAUGAUAGCAGAUCCUAUUUGUUCAAUGCUGAUAGCACUACUUAUAGGUGUAAGUAUUGUUCCACUUCUAAAAGAGUCCAUUGGGAUUUUGAUGCAGCGAACUCCUCCUUCCCUGGAGAACGCCCUGCCUCAGUGCUACCAGAGGGUGCAGCAGUUGCAAGGGGUCUACAGUUUACAUGAUCCACAUUUCUGGACCCUCUGUACUGAUGUUUACAUAGGGACUUUGAAGUUAUUAGUAGCUCCUGAUGCUGAUGGAAGGUGGAUUCUAAGCCAGACGCACAAUAUUUUUACUCAGGCAGGAGUAAGGCAGCUUUACAUACAGAUUGAUGUUGCAGCCAUGUAGUCAAUCUCUGGAAUGGUGCUGUUGGACCAAAGUUUUCAGUACUGUACUGGUGUAACAACACUUCUUGAGACAGAGCCUGCCUCCACACAUCUGGAAUCAACUGAAUAGAUUUCUGCCCUUGGGCUACGGAGGGAGUUCACUUCUAAGGAGUAAAUAUUGAAUGAACGUUAUGGACUUUGGGUCUUGUUUUUUUGGGGGCCCCUAAACUUGUAAGUCUUUGAGGGUUUUUACUUAAUAAGAUUGUGGUACUGGAAACCCUGUCAUGUCUUCAGUAAAGCUGCUGAAACCACUGCUCAUUCCCAUAAAACCAGUGUUACCGGCAAUUGGAAACUUGUUUUGUAGACAAUGUCACAAUGGCUGACAUGCUUCAAUAUAAUUGUAUGUUUGUACAAUUGUUUGUACUUUGCAAACUUAAUGAACCAAACCAUAUUGGGUUUUCAAAGUGCCUUUUAUAUCAGGGGACCUAUUUGCCAGCAUAAAUACGGAGCAUCAGAGGGUUUUAUUACUUUUACAAAUAAUCUUGUAUUCAGUCUGAUUAUUUACUAGUGAUGUUUGUGGGGGGGUUGUGUACUUACAGAACUGUAGAUGUUAGACUUCCAUUAUAUUUGCAUCUUACCAGACAGAAAAAUUCUAAAUGUAAAAGACAAAGCUGUUGUGAAGAGACUUGCUUCUGAAACAAGCUGGGUAUUUUGUUGCACAUAUCUUGUGAAAAUUAUUUGAGUCCAAAUAUAGAUUUUAGUUAAAUCCAAUAGAUUUAACUCCAGUUCUUAGUCUCUUCAUACUCAUGUUGAGAGCAAUGAGAUGUUACAUGAUGCUGCUCGUGUUCAGUCACUUGAACAAUGGGCAGUUGAAGGAAGAUGCUGGUGAUGGAAGCAAUGCUUGAAGUUUUUUAUUUUCCAAAUUAUGUGAUGGAAAAAACAAAAUCCUGAAAUUGUGAAAGCGUAAGUCUCCUUGAUUUUAAUAGGUUGUUAUAAUUUUUAUUAAAGUGAUCAAGUUCAAAUUUUGCCUUUCCAAAUAUUGAAAAUAGUUGUUUCUGGUAGUUAUAUCCAAAAUGGAAAUAAGGACUGCUUUUCAUGCUGUUUUAGCUUACGCUUUUCCCAGGUUGACAAAUCUUACAUCUUCGACUAUUUUACUGUAGCCAUGUGUGUUUUCAUAGGGGAGAAAGUUCUCAGUGCAGUAAGGGUUGUUGGACUGGGUUUUUUUCCAGAAACAUUCUUCUGUCAUAUACUUUCUAGCAUUUGUAAUCAUUUAACUCAGAUAUCUGAGUGUCACUUUCAAAAGCAAUCUGCUAUGUUUGGUAUUACAGAUGACAGAUCCACUAUGCUGCAGUAGUUCACUUAGUAAUGGAAGACUUUUUAAGAGACAUUUUACAAACAGAACAUUGUGAAGUAAAAAGCAAAAUGGGCAUUUUUUGAGAAAUCAUAGCUGCCACUGAUUGGUAUGGAUUUUGUUUAUUUUGGUACCUGUCAGAGGUAAUACUAAAGUCAAGGCCCUGAGAAGCUGACAAUGUCUGUGUAGUAAGUGCUAGGCACUAUGAAAUUACUGGAGAUUGAUUUGCAGAAUUUUUUUUUUUGCCACUGAUAUUGUUGAAUCACAGAUACGAAGAGUUUCUUGCAUUCAUUCUGUUGUUCCUGUAUAGCACCUGAUUUCAUGUGAAAACAUAACACAACACAAAUUUGCUGGUGGUUCCUGAAUCUUCCAGUCAAGAUAGUGAAACAUGAAUGUUGAUUUUGCCCAGAUCUUGGGGGUGUACUUUUGUGCUUGGAACUGGAAAUAGGGUGCAGAUACAAUGGCAGUACAAAGGCAGCUCUCAUACUGGUUUUAAUCUUUGCUGUCUGUCCCAUUGCGGUUUGGGACCCUGUUUGCUGUCCCUGGGGACGCAGGGGCAGAGUGCCCUCCCAGCAGGCUGCAUGUCCCCAUGUCCCUCCCUGCCCUCCUGCCCCCUCUGCCAGGCUCUCCCUGUGCCCCUGCAGGUGCUGUGGCAGGCCCAGGGUUCCUGCUGGAAGAUGGAAGGUGCACGGUGCAGGGGUCCGGGAGAGGUUUGAGCGCUGCAGUUUGGGAUCCCGUGUGCAUGGAUGUUCACAGACAGGGGGAUGGAAAUCCCUUUGAUUGUGGGUGGAGGUGUUUUGUAGUGUGGUGCACACAGACUGCUGCUUGCUGGCUGCCAGCAGGACUUCCUCAUUUUUUAAUACUUACUAUUACUGCUAAUUGAGGCUAGGGAAGAUCAGCUGAUAUCACUUUAAAGGCAAGCACCAGACAGAUUGAUUGCAAUUGUGUUGUGAUCCAAGAGCAGGCUUUGGUUUAAGUCUUUACACCAGCUUGUUUCAGGACUGAUUGUCCCAGGACUUGUUGAAAUACUGUAGUGCUGCCCAAGUUGCUGAGCUUGGCUGCUAUUUCAGUUUCUUAAUGAAAAGACAACUGCUACUAUUUGUUUCCAAGUGAGAACUUGGCAGAGUGGCUGUUUGUUUGAUGGUGAUCUUUUAAAUGUACAUCUACCAAAUUUUUAAUAUGGGAAAUUGAGUGAAAAGGCCUAUAAACCUGUUAUAAUCAUACAACAAUUUGAAUAACUUUUGAUAAUUUUUUUUUGCUUAUGAUUUAGCUGAUUCUUGGAUGCAUAUGUACAAGUCUGAGUUUUCUAGCCAAGCAAGAUAGACCUUCAUUAUGUUUAAGCUUUUAUAGUAAGAAAUGUAUCAUUUGUUUGUCAAAUAUAAUUGGGGAUAAUGUCGGGAAGUCAGAUUCAAAACAGAGUUUAGCCUUUCUGAAAAAGGAUAAGCAUCACAAAAUUCUACAAACACAGUGUAUGGCAUGUUCAGUCAGUAGCUGCAGUCACAUGUAUGUCAGUAAACGAGGGACAUCUGAUUUUUUUCUCACCUCCUAAGGGGAUACUCGUUCAGGUUUUAGGAGAGUACAAACCAUGCAGUUGAAAGCAAAAGCGCAGCUUUCCUUACCCUGAGAGCCAAAACACCAUUAUUUGUGUUUUGCUAAUUACGUAACACUGGCUGCUUAUGUAACACUUUGCUAUUGACACUUUAUAGGAGAUGCAAGGCACGAUUUAAGUCUUAACAAAGACUUGUGUGAAUGACCGACAUCCAGAGGUGGGUCAAUGUGUGUAGAUCACGUGCUAAAACUCAGCUUUCUGGUGUCCACUUCUGAAUUUUGAACAAGUUUUUAAAGUGUGGCUUUCUCACAUUUUCAUGUAGCUGAUAUUUACUGGUCUGUCUUUGUGGGUUAUUUUUUUCUGUGACUGAAACCAGUAACUUAAAACCCUAUUGUUCCAAAGACCGAGCCUGCAAAAUACAUGAGUUUUACCACACCUCCAGCAAAAUAAGAAGAUAAAACAAGUGUUACAGAGUGUCUGUAUUAAAAUGGUCAAUGCUUUUUGUGCUAAAUAACUACGGAAGAAAACUCCUCUUAUGCAUAUGCACAGUAAGGACUGGUCCUUUCUAGGCUAACCUGGUAAGUGUAUAGCUCUGGAUAGACUGGCUCCUUUCAUCAGGAGGGCCUACACAGAGCUGAGUUACUCGUGUGAUUUGCUAAGCUAAGAUGAAAAGUAAAUAAACGGCUCUGCUUUUUAUGUAAUAAUGCCUACUAAGCAAUGGUUUAGUUGCAUCAUUCGUAAGAGCUGCUGCCACCAGUUUUACACAAAAAUUGAAGCUGCUACUACUGAUAAAAUGGACCUUAGUGACUUAACAUUCUUAAUUUACGUUUUUUAAAGUAAAGCUGGGUUUAAAGGUGAAGGAAAACGGUUUCUCUUUUUAACUGUUGUAAGUGAACCUGUUCUGGGAAUUUAAACAAGAUACGAGAGAAUCUGCUGCUGAACUGCAGUUUUCCAUCUUCUGCACAUAGUGUGCAAACAAAUUGUGAAGUCCAUGGCUUUUCUUUCACAGUGCAGAUUUUCAGUUGCAUGCUUUUAUAAAAUGCAAACCCUUAUCUUUCUUCAUGACAUGAAGUCUUUAAAUACCAGUUCAGAGCAACAAUUUUAAUUAAUAAUUAAACCCUGUCCUGUUUUUUCCAGCAGCCAUCAGAUUGCUGAUUCUUGAUUAUCCCACCCCUUUAAGCAGGACUUUUUUUCUUUUUUUUUUUUUUUUUAAUAAUCUCUCUGAUCCUCAACACUAAGUAGUUAAUUCCUCCUUUACACUAUCUGCAGCUUGCUGGGUUCCCUUUUGGAUUUGUCCCCCGUUCAGGCUUUGUUGCAGUGCCCAUCCCUGUGGGGACUUCCUUGGCCAGACACUGCUAUAAUGUGAAACGAUGCCAACCAUGCUAUGCCUGGCACACGAGGACUGAGCCUUGCUGGGUGCAAAUCCUGCUCAACCUACUUGUCUGUUCCAGUGAGCCACAAAAGGUUCCUGCCUAUGUGGUAAUUUGGCGGAAAUAAUGUGUAAAAAGAGCUGGGUAUUUCACCUCCCAUGUGCAUUGGAGCCUCUCACAUGUGUGCUGGGAUCUGGUACAAGAGUUAAGUGAACGCUGCAGUAUCUUGGCUGAAGUGUGAAAUAAUGUGAAUGAAGCAAUUGCCAAAUCAUUCCUGGUAGCAUACAGCAUAUUGCUUGCCUUUACCUUGACAUUACAGGAAUUGCUCUUAGCAGUGAGCCUCAGCUGAAUGGCAAAGUGUGUCAAAGGUGCCUGUGAAGAAAUCUUGCAGGUAACACGAGGCAGCUCACUAUAAUUCUGAAGACUAUGAUUUUGUUCUGGAAUGCUAAUGUUAGUAGCUUAGCCCACGGCUUGUCCCAAGUGCAAUAUUAAGAAAUUUUUAAUGUAAUCUUUUCUACUUGAAUACAGUCUAUAUAAAAUGUUAAAUAUCCUAUAUUACUGAAAAGAUAUAGGAUCAAAUUUCUUUCCAAUAAAUCUUCAGUUUUAAAAAAA